AUGGAGCAACUUCAGGAAAUGUUUGGACACAAAUCUAGACAAGCUCGUUUCGAGGCAACGAAGAAGUAUGCUAAUGCAAGGAUGACGCCUGGAAUGCAUGUUCGUGAUCACUUCAUCAAGAUGACGAACUACUUUCAAGAGGCAGAAUUGCACGGAGCCACCAUAGACGAGGAAACUCAAGUGGGGCUUAUUCUGAAUAGGCUUGCUCCCAGUUUUCUUCCAUUCACCACCAAAUACUUACUAAGAAUAUUGAAGUACGGAAUGACUCAACUUAUGAACGAGCUUCAAAUGUUUGAAGAAAUGGCUUCUGCAAACGUUUUCGAUCUAUACAACAUUCAUGAGGAGGAAGAGGUUCCCUUGGUUCGAAAGAGGAAAUCGACCAGGAAACAUGAUGGUGAGUCCAGUCAGGUGCCUUCGGCCAAGAAGAACUGA